CUCCUACUGACUGACUCCUCACGCCCUUCUACUCAUUCUCAUUCUCUUCUGCUUACUGACUGCUCAUUGUUUUCUACUGACUGACUGCUCUCUCCUAUUUACUGACUGCUCGCGCCCGUCGCCUUAGUGAGUGCUCACGCUCUUCAGCGGAAUCCUUGUGGAUGACUCGAAUUACCGCAAGUGGAGGACAAGAGCAGCUCGUUUUCCACAGGGAGGUUCAGACUUGUGGAUGCGCACGGCGUCCCCGUGUCCACUGCCUCGUGCGAGACCCGGAGGUCAGCGCUGUCCCUCCUUUGUUCAUUUUUUUUUUUUCUUAUUUAACAAACAGUGAACGGUUCAAACAGCUGGAAUUUGGACAUGAAAAAAAAUUCUAAAGCGCAGAAUCCAUCACAACCUCUCCCGGCGGCUGACCACCUGCUGCCAGGUUCUCGGACACACGACCUGUCGCAACAAGGACAAAGCCUGCAUAUACAUGGAUGCUCUACUAUUUGGAUGUUAAUAAUUGUAGAAUUAUUCGUGGACUGAUGCAUGUGCGCGUCUUGAGGACAUUGCGCAAUUGCCCGUUAAAGGAAAUGCAUUGGUCGUGAGGGAGAUAAAGGCACAUGAUGUCAACACUCCUUUCCUAUGGCAAGUGUAGACAAUAAAGGAAACAGAGGAGAGUGCGUUCACUGCAUGGAGGUUUGGAGUCGACUCCAGAUGCAAGCAGUUCUGGUUUGGCUGUCUGUUGCGCUGAUGCGCACCGGGGCAGCCUCCAGGUGUGCGGGUCAUGCCUGCAGUCCGCCCCUCGGGAACCUGGCCAGCGGCCGGACUCUGACCACCCUCACAGGCUGCUACGGAGACGCCCGCCCCCUGCUGCGGCCAUGCCCCUCCCGCCACCAAGGGGCCCUCGAGAGCCCAAGGCCCUGCCCCGAAGACCCCCAUCCCCCCGCGCACAUGACCGACGACCCCUUCUCCCACCCCGGUACCUGGUGGGCAUCGGGCGCAGCCCGUCCCCAAACUGAGCGGGAUGAGAUCCGCUUGGAUCUAGAGACCCGCUUCUGUCUGUCCCAUGUGUUCCUACGGUUCCACUCGCCGCGGCCCAGGGCCAUGGCUGUGGAGCGCUCGGGGGACUUUGGACGAACCUGGGAGACCCUCAAACUGUUUGCCCACAACUGCAGCCUGGAGUUUGGUCUCCUGGACGAUGUCACCGAGCCCGGCGCCCCUUGUACUUCCCGCUACAGCAAAGCUACACCCUGCACUGGCGGGGAGGUGAUAGUGCGGACCUUGAGCUCCAGCAGCAUCAGGGCGACCGACCCCUACAGCCCAGAGACCCUCGCCCGGCUCAGUGUCACCAACCUCCGCGUCAGACUCCUCAAGGCUCAGGGCUGCCCCGCCCAUCUGGACCCCCCAGAGGAGGGGGGGAGGCCGUCCAACUCAACCCGAGUUCCCACGGCGACGCAGGAUCCCGUCUCGGCACCCUACUACUCCAUCUACACCCUGCUGGCCAGAGGAACCUGCCUGUGCCACGGCCACGGGGAGCACUGUGUGUCCCACAACGUCAGCCAGGCCCUGCCACGGGACAGCAACUGGGUGGCCGGGAGGUGUGUGUGCAGUCACCACACCGCGGGGGACCACUGUGAGAGGUGCUCCCCGCUCUACAACGAUCGUCCUUGGAGACCGGCCAAUGGCAGCAGCGGAGCGCCCAACGGCUGUCAGAAGUGUGAGUGCCACGGCCAUGCGGACAGCUGCCAUCUCUCCCAACGGACGUGGCUGUCCUCCGAAGGCACCAGUGGGGGCGUGUGCGACGACUGCCGUCACAACACCGUGGGGCGCCGGUGUCAGCGCUGUCGUCGCGGUUACCACCGCCAACCCUCCCUGCCCCUGAACUCACCCCACACCUGCAUACGGUGCCGGUGUGACCCUCUGGGCUCUCUGUCGCUGCAGCACAGAGAGGAGGGGCCCUGGUGCAACCCUAGAAGUGGUCAGUGUACCUGUAAAGCUGGGGUGGGAGGUGUGAGAUGCAGCCAGUGCAUGCCUGGACACUGGGGCCUCGGUGCGAAGGGCUGUCAGCCCUGUGUCUGCCCCCAGGCCUGCGACCCCAAGACCGGCCAGUGCCUAGACAGGAGCUACGCAGACAAUCAGAUUGUCCACGUACCCAUUGGGGGAAGAAUCCCUGAUGGGGAGCCUAUGUUCACCCAUGAAGGGGAGGCGGUGUGGCCCAAGGACCUGGCCGUCUCCGCCCUGCGCUCCACAGGAAAGUGUGCCUGUAAGGAGAGGAAGCUGAGGAGUCUGUCUGACCUCUGUAAAGCCAAACACGACUAUGUGAUCAGGAUCAGUGUGCUGUCCGCCCAUGACAAGGGCAGCCAUGCAGAGGUGCAGGUCAAGGUUCGCAAGGUCCUGCGUUCUGGACAGGUGCCCCUGUCUCUGGGGACCCUCAGUGUCUACCCUCUCACCUGGACCAGUCGCGGCUGCACCUGUCCCAUCCUCAACCCAGGUAUGGAUUAUCUUCUGGCUGGCCCAGAGGAUCCCGAGACUGGCCGAUUACUAGUCACUUUGCAGAGUGUGGUGGCACUCUGGACACCCAGACUAGGCUUGAACCUAUCAAAGGGCCUCAGGCAUGAAUGUCCAUGAGCCACAAUCCUAAACCAUAAACAAAGAUGAUGGUUGUCAACGUGGUCAUACGGAAUCAGUGGACAAUACAGGGAUGCAAAAACAAGUAGGCGCUCGUUUGGAUCUACUUCCACCUUCAGUUGCCAGUACUGGGUGUAUCCCUGAAAGCCCUGCCUAGUACCAGGCUGUGUGCAGUGAGAAUGUGUAACUCUCCUAAUGUAUCUCUAAGUAAAGCAUGGUAUUAACACAGGGCAGGGGAGGAAGAGAUCCGACAGGCUUUGGAGUGUGAUACAGUAGCCGGCUGGGUGUCUGCCUGCUGCAGGCUUUAUAUGAGGGCGAGCAGAAACCUCUUAUAUUAAAGGGUGGAUGCAGAAAACUUUUCUGACGUAGUUACAUUUGGAUUUAAAAUAACUAAUAAACAGUUUCUAUGUU